ACGCAUGCACAUGCUUCUCACUUCAUCCUCUCGCGCAUACACAUACGCAAUUCGUAGUGAGUGGGCCGGGAGGGCACUGAUUCCGUUAGAUGACCUGCCAGGCUAUAAUUCCGAAGCCGUGAGCUAUUCUAUAAUCCUGCAAUUAUAUAUCCAUACCCACAGAUGACCAAGUCCGGUGCCGAGUCCGCACCUGGGCCAUGGCUCGCUCGCUCGCUCGCUUGGAUGCCUGCCUGCCUGCCUACCCAGCUCGCCUCUGCCCAACCCGCAGGAACGUACAUACAUAUACAUACAUACAUACAUACAUACAUACAUACAUACACACAUAUGUACUGUAUGUACGCAGUCUCUGUACUGUAUGUACCGUCUGUAUUAUGUAUGUACGCAUGUACAUGGUAAGGUGUAGGGGUUCAUCCAAUAUCAACAACGCUCCUUCUGGGCCUUCUCUUCGUCUCUCUCAGCCGUCUUCCUCUCCACCGACACGGAGCACACUUCCUCUCUCUCAGCUUAAAAAUAAAGUGCCUGAUGUCACGACGCGUCUCGAGCGAGUAGAGGGCAAGGCAAAGAGGCACACCACCCUUCUAGGGGCUGUUACCCAUGGUCCUAGACCGGCCCGGCUAUCCACUGGAUCGGUCUGGGUAGCAACGCAUGCUUCAGCUACGAGAAUUGUCACCACUGUCUUGCAUCUAUGAGCACCAUGCCCAUGCCCGCUGGGCUGACAGGACG